AUGCUCACGGCCACAACCGACGCGUUGACGAAAGCUCGCGAGUGCUUUAGCAGUCCCAAGAUGCUCCUCACGUACCUCUGGUUCAGCACAAUGCUUCUCGGUCUCCUGUAUGCAAUCGCUGCAGUUGUCGCGGCUGUCAAUAACGACCACGAAGGCGAGAGUGACUCCAAGUCGCUGGGCUUCGUGGGCAUCUGGGCCAUGCUCCUCAUCAUUGCGCUGUCCAUUGGUGGCACUCUAGUCCUGCGCCAGCACCAGACCCCUCUAGCUGUCGGCUUUCUCCUUGGCGUCGUGCUAAUGAUGUCGCUGCAGAUGUUCUCGCUCGCGAUUAUUUUUGCAGGUGCGGCCUACUUGGCCCGCAUCGAGCGCGCCAAAGGGGACACGCACACGAGCGUCCACUCGAACGAAGCCGGUUCGGUUUUCUCCUUCUUCAUGUUCGUUGUCUACGCCGUCUUUGCCGUCGUGCUGGCAUACUACCGCGACGUCGUGAUCAAAGAAGGCGGGAGUUUGGACCCGCACGGUCGUCGCAGCGACGUUGAAAAGGAUCAGGUUCGAGCGGGCCGUCGUCCAUCGACAACAGUCACUGCUGCUGCGUCGCCACGUCUCAUUUGCACGAACCGCGUUUGA